AUGGAGUCACGCUCGCAAAAUCGAAUGCAGCUCUCGGCGGUGUUUUGGGAAUCCUAUUACCCGGUGAACCUCGAUAUCAAAGCCAUCGGGGAAGUGGAUCUGUGGUUCCAACUCAUGGCCAACUUCAUGGCGCUCCCGGCCAAGACUAAAGCUUUGGAAAAUGCCAUCUCAGCGUUGUCAUGUCUGUAUCUCGGCGCGGCCAAGGGUGAUAAACAGCUGAUGGGUAGUGGCAUGCAACUAUACAGCAAUGCGAUCCGCCAUGUGUCAAGUCAACUUGCCAAGGGGUCUGUCAGUACUGAUGUGAUCUACACUGGCGUCAUAUUUAAAGCGAUCGAUACUUUCAACUGUCCGAGCGGUGUCAGUCCGCUCAUCGCUCAUAUGGAAGGACAUAACACAUUACUUCGACAUUCAGAUGCCAUGGGAAAGAACAAAAUCUUCAAACCUGUUUAUAAACUUCUGAAACAGAAUCUGAUGUACGCCCCGUUAAUAUUAUCCAAAAGUUCAGGUAGCGAUUUCGACUAUCUGAAGAAGCAUAAUGACGACCCAACUUUUGAUGAGCUCUUCGAAGUCUAUGUCGGAAUCACAUCUCUUGUUGCAACUGCAAGAUCAAUAGGCGCUGGCUCACCAAACGAGGCUGCUUGCACGCGACUUCUCCGCCAAUGUCUUGGACAAAGGAAAAAGGCUAUGGAAUGGUACUACCAACAUAUAGAGAAUAUCGGUGGUCCACCUAUCCAAUGUCCCAUCGACGAAUGGAAUCCCAAGAAUCACACUCUCCCUCCAUCAGAGAAAGUGUUCACCUAUCUAUACGACUUUGACUCAUUCCGGAAUGCCGAGAUGCAUGUGUUCUUCUGGAAAGCAAUGGCCAUUCUCCAAACAAUGAUUUAUCAAUCUCGGAUACGAGUCUUACGACAUAAUGGAAGAUUUGGUCCAAAAAUCGACGCAGAAAGUUAUAAUGAGCUCCGGAUAGCGGGCGCUUACGCCGACAACAUUUGUCGCGCUAUACCAUAUUGGCUCCAAGACAAAAUGGGUUCAUACGGCGUGUUGAAAAUUACGAGCGUUCUCAUUAUUUUGUUCAAGAUCUAUACCCAUCUCAGGCACAUCAAAAUGUUUCUCUGGGUGCAGCAUGUCUGUAAACAGUUAGCAAAUGAUGGAAUUGACUUGGCUGCAUGUCUGAGUCAUGUAUGGUGGAAAUACUGGAUCGCGUGCAAAGACCCCACGGUGAAUUUUGAGAUCAGCUUGGUAUUCAACAUGAACUUUACGGACGGAAUCUCUAAAGUUUCUGAGGAUGAUGACGCUACUGUGACUGAAAUGGGGGAUGGGGAUUCUACAGAGCUUGAAGUGGAAGAGAACUCCGAGGUACCUGAGACACGAGAAUCUUCAGGUUCACUAAUCUUCGUGUCAGAAAACCCAAUUGGGUGA